AUGCCUCCAGUCCGUACCGCACGCGCUUCGCGCAAGGCCCCGCCGGAGGGCUUCGAUGACAUCGAGGAUACCCUCCUAGAAUUCCAGAACAAGAUGAAGGACGCCGAGAACGCAUCGCACGAGGGCAAGAAGAAGUACGAAAUGACGUGGCCCAUCUUCCAAAUCACCCACCAACGCUCGCGCUACAUCUACGACCUAUACUACGAGAAGGAGGCCAUCAGCAAGCAGCUCUACGACUAUUUGCUUAAGAACGGCUAUGCAGAUGCCAUGUUGAUCGCCAAGUGGAAGAAGCAAGGCUAUGAGAAGACCAAGGAGACAAACUUCCGCUCGACCUGCAUUUGCCGUGUCCCCAGGGAUCAGCUCAAGGAGAACCAGGAGAUUCAAUGCGUGAACUGCGGCUGCAGAGGGUGCGCCUCCAGCGACUGA